AUAAAUACGUGGUUCUGUGGUUAAAUUCUGCGUUUGUAGUACUAACCAAAAAAUUCAUUCAUUGUUUAAUUUAUUAUUGCAUGCAUGAGUCCCAACAGUGUUGAAUUAAACAAUAGCGAGUGUUUUCUAUAUAACAUCGAAGAUAUUUUCUACAGCAAAAAUAUUGUGGGAAAAACUGCAAGCACUUAAUUUAAUGAUGGAAAUUACAUUAGCGCUACUUAAGCCACACGUUCUUCGUAAUAGUUACGCUCUACAGCAAAUAAAGACACUAAUAGGCAACAACUUUACUAUACUUAGAGCCAAAGAAGUGCGUUUAACGAAGGAACUAUCAGAUCGUUUUUAUGCUGAGCACAAAAGCCGAUUCUUCUAUCAUCGCUUAAGCAGCUUUAUGCGCAGCGGUCCCUGCUACGCUCUCAUAUUACAAUCUGAGGCGUGCAUUCAAAAAUGGCGAAUUCUCAUGGGUCCCACAAAGGUCUUUAAGGCAGUAUACAGCCAGCCGGAUUGCAUACGCGCUCUCUACGGACUGUCAGACACCCGGAAUGCCUGCCACGGAUCAGACAGUGAAGUCGCUGCGCUACGAGAGAUUUCCAUACUUUUUCCGGAGUUCCCCUUUCGCAAGCCUGUCGACCGUAUACCAGCUUCUAAUAAAAUAUACAUAUAAAGUGCUACCAAUUCAAA